AGCUAAACUUUCUCAAGUACAAACCAAGGAGAUGACAGAGGAAAAUAAAGUGAAGCUCAGAUUUAUCCAGGACAGUAUGAACUUAAUUUUGGAGGCUGAGGAGCUGUUGUGGAAACAAAGAUCCAGGAAUUCUCGCUCAAGGAAGGAGAUAGAAACACGAGGUACUUUCAUAACCAGGAAAAUUCGAGGAAGCAAUUGA